AUGAGCCAUGAUGUGAGCAUAUUGGUUGACAGAAUUCGAACCUCAACUAAUUUUGGGCAGGAUAUAAAUACUCCAGCGAUAGUAUCGAUCUUGGCGGGCGGCGUAGCUGGAGCCGUAGAAGGCGCUGCCACUGUACGACUUAACACCAGAUUCUCGUAGCACAAGUUGGCAAACACUCACGAUGUCAGUAUCCCUUCGAAUUCGCCAAAACCCGCGUUCAGCUCCGUGAGCGAAAAGGCGUCCCCACACCCCGGAAUCCCUUCCGCGUCGUCUACCAAGUUUACAGCGCAGAAGGCAUAGCCGCCUUGUACAAAGGAUGUCUCCCGCUCGUAAUAGGCAGCGUGGCUAAAGAUGGAAUUCGCUUCCUUUCCUUCGACACAAUCAAGAACACCUUCAAAGACCCCGAAACGGGGACUCUAUCCCCUCUCAGGAACUUAGCUUCGGGAAUGAUGUCUGGAGUCGUGGCUUCUUUGCUCGCAGUCACGCCAACGGAACGAAUCAAGACUGCUCUGAUCGAUGAUGCGAGGAACGAGAGACGGUACAAAAACGCCCGGCAUUGUGUGAGGACUAUUUUUGCCGAACAUGGCUUUCUGGGGCUGUAUCAUGGUUUCGCGGGAACGACGCUCAAGCAGGCCGGUGCUACUGCGUUUCGUAUGGGGACGUACAAUAUUCUCAAGGACUAUGAGCGGACGCGAGAUAUUCCUCAGUCGACGCUGACGAAUUUUGCAAAUGGCUCAGUGGCUGGCAUUGUGACGACAUUAGCGACACAACCAUUCGACACGAUCAAGACGCGAUGCCAGAGCUCACGGGGAGCAAGCACUGUGGAAGCCUUUAAGAGUAUAGUAGCGGAUUACGGCGUGAAAGGCUUCUGGAAAGGAACGUCGAUGAGGUUAGGCCGGACGGUUUUCAGCGGUGGGAUCCUCUUCACGACGUAUGAGUGGGCGGCUGCAUUGCUCAACCCACUCUUCGCGGCGAAGAACGAAGUUUAG